UCUCCUUUGAUCUGCCUUCCUCUUUCUUCAAUACUGUAUCUUUGUUAUUUAGGGCCCCCAAAGGGCAUAAUAUUGCGUUGCAGCUUAUCAUGGCGACCUCCGGAGAAGGCAGUAACCCCAGUGGCAGAGCGACACCCCGGCCACUGGCACAGCUGCAGGAGCUCGAGCCGCGGGUGGCCCGCCGACGCCUGUCCCAGGCCCGCCACCGAGCCACCCUGGCAGGGCUGUUCAGCAACCUCAGGAAAAUGGUUUACUCCCAUUCCGAUCUCACAGCGUCGAAGUGGCAGGUUUUGAAUAAGGCCAAGAAUCACAUUCAGGAACUGGAGCAAACCUUGGAUAACCUGCUGAAGCUGAAAGAAUCCUUUAACCUGGAGGAUGGGAAUGCAAACAGCUUGGAGGAGGUCAAGGCAGAAUAUGCCAGCAUGUACUCCGGAAAUCCUAGCCUGGUCUCAGAUAAGGUUCUUCAGAAAGGCUCUGCCAUCUGGUGCCCAGUUGAGGCAGUCGGGAAGGAUGCUGAGGGGGAGGAAGAGGAGGAAGAAGAGGAGGAAGACCAAGAAGAAGGGGAACAGGAGGAGGAGGAGGAGGAGGAGGAGGAAGAGAAAAAAGUGGAGCUCUUAUACUCCCCAGCCAACUUGUUGCCAGACCUCAUGGAAUUUGAACGGUAUCUCAACUUUUACAAGCAGACGAUGGACCUCCUGAUCGGGAACGGGAUUGUGUCCUCACAGGAGGUGACGCUCCCCAUCGUCUCCGCAGCCAUCUCCUACCUAUGGCAGAACCUCUCUGAGGAGAGGAAGGCCAGUCUCCUGCAGGCCUGGGCACAGAGACAGAGCGGCCUCCUGGGCCUUGCCGGUGCCUGUCAGGAGCCAGCCUGUGCCGACGGCAGCAUGAAGGACAGUGGGGUUGACAGCCAAGGAGCCAGCUGCUCACUCGUCUCCACCCCAGAGGAGAUUCUCUUUGAAGAUGCCUUCGAUGUGGCCAGUUUCCUGGAAAAAAGUGAGGCUCCCAGUACCUCCAGCUCUAGUUCGGUGUUUGCCAGAGGCAACCCAGAAUAUCCGGAGGACAAGUUUCAGCUCUACGUGAACAUCAUUGAUUUUUUUAAAGGCCUUUGCUGUGUUAACCCGCAGUUAAAACAGGAGCCAGACCUCGCCACUGACGAGGAGAUGCUGAUGCUGAGGUGCAUGGAGACCUUCGAAGAUGAAGACCUGUGA